UUUCUCGAACAAACGGCGGAAGCGGCGCAUUCACAGUGAGCCGCAGCCCUCACUCACUAAACACCUAAAAUACAGCAAGAACCAUGAAGAUCUGGACGUCAGAGCACAUUUUCAAUCACCCGUGGGAAACAGUGACCAAAGCUGCCAUGCAGAAGUACCCAAACCCCAUGAACACCAGUGUGUUUGGAGUGGAUGUGUUGGAUCGUAACGUGGACCAACAGGGGCGUCUGCACAGCAAACGUCUGCUCAGCACUGAGUGGGGGCUGCCGUCCAUCGUCAGAUCUAUAAUUGGUAAUUCACGGACAUGUACAUACAUUCAGGAGCACUCCAUAGUAGACCCUAAAGAGAAGACCUUUGAACUUCAGUCCACUAAUAUCACCUUCACUAACAUGGUGUCUGUGGACGAACGGCUGACAUACAGACCACACCCGGACGACCCAGAGAAGACUAUGCUCACUCAGGAGGCCAUUAUAUCUGUGAAGGGUGUCAGUCUGAGCAGCUAUUUGGAGGGAUUAAUGGCCUCCACCAUCUCAGCCAAUGCAGGAAAGGGUCGUGAGGCGAUGGAGUGGGUGAUCAGACGUUUGAACACUGAGAUUGAAGAGUUGGCCCUCACAGCGAGAGGAACCAUGAGAACGCCCAUGGCUGCUGCGGUCACGGAGAAAUAAACCCUUCUGUGACAUCACUCGGCCUUCCUCUCUGUCGGUGCACUUAACUGCGUCUUUUUCCGAUCACGGAAGUUCAUCCUCUGUGUCCCCCUCACAUUCAAGCGUCUACAUUAGAGGCUAAUGUGGCCGUUACGUGACAGAGAGAGGCAAGAGAACUCUGGGACUAACAACAACACGAAGGGGAAGGGUCGAGCAUUCGGUCAACAAAAUAUGAUAAACUUUCAAACAGUUUGUAGUUUUAAUGAAUCGGUAUAACAGGACAGUUGCACAGUUCAACUUCAAGAAUAUCAGUUUUCUGUGUCGGAUUCUUCUUAGAGUUAAUAAGUGUAUAAGAGUGUUGAUUGGGUACGCACAGGCCAUAUACAAUGCAGCAUGACUAGUUGGACCCAUUUGCCAAACGCCACCAACUUUAGCUCUGUUACAUGCCACUCUUGCCAUCAGAGGGCAAAAAGUGCGCUCGCAACUCUUCAACACAGGCUACGCUGGGCAGAGUUGCUUCACCAGCACUUAUACACUUGAAACAUUAUUAAUAUUAUUAUAAUAUUUAUUUUUAGUAUCAUUCAGAAUACUUAAGCAUCAAGGAAGGGAACACAGUAAUCCAGACUAGUAGAUUUAAUCUGAAAGAUUGUAGAGGACCAUCUCAGAAGUAUCUCAGUUCUUUGAAAUGUGUGUGUAUCUCUAUUUGUGUGUAUCUCUAUGUGUGUGCGUGCGUGCGUGUGCGUGUGUGUGUUUGGUUCAGAGAACACUGACGCAUAACGGGCUGAUAUGGAGCGGCUCAGUAGACCACUGUCAUUGGAUUCUUCAGAAACAUGCAACAUGAUAAAACAGCGCCUGCUUAGAAAACAAACAUAUUUAGAGGAACUACGACACUGAGCACUAUGUACUAAACUACAACAUGCUCUUGUUGCACCACACAUUUUCAAGAGGCUUGCUAAAAGAAUAACAAUGUGUUGCAUGUCAAGCAGGAUGUUAUUGUCUUGACUUUGUUCCAUAUACUGCUAAUGAUCACUCUCUAAUUAGGGCACUUGCCUUGAUUUUAAUGAAUGACAGGCCAGUUGUGAUGCUGAAUCUAAACCCAAGGCAUUGUUUACUUUAAGAGGUCAAAAUGAGAGGUGAUUUUGUCAAAUGCACAGGUGCAACUAGCAGUCUGCAGUGUUAGAUUUGAGAAGGAGAAAUACAUUCUAUUUAUUUAUUUAUAUUUUGUAAGUUUAUGUUGUUUCAUGCCAUGGUGACGUGCAUCCACAAAUCACAACUUCAGCAUCUUCAUGGUCAGUGAUGGUGAAAACUUCAUUAUGGAAAUAAAUAUCAAGUGAGACCCUCAUGUUGGAUGGGAUAUAUUAACUGAAUGGAAUGGAUUGAAACUGUUUGAAACGCAUGAAGAUGUUCAAGUUCUGUUUGUGGAUAUAUUGCUUCUGCAUAAAUGCUAUCAAACAACGAAAACUUUUACGGAUAGUUGUGUAUUUUUUUUUUUUCUUAAUUGAAAUUGCAUUGAAGACCCACUGAAUGUUUGGCGGAGUUUACUUCUCUGGAACAUUUUGACUAACUGUAAAAUAAAACUAAUGCAUUUAAACAACAUUUAUGCAGAUUUUAAAUGGUUUAUUACAGGUUUCUUUUGUUUUCAAUUGCAAUGCGAAAAAAGAAAAUUGGUGGAAAAGCUGAGAUAUUAGGAAUUAUUUAAACUUCUGUUGUCCAUUUAGAGUUGUUUGGUACUAGUUCUAAUAAAAGGCCACUGAAACAGCAGAAAUGGUGAGUGACACCUGUCAAUCAUCUGUGCUGUAUCCUAAAGCACAGCCAAUCAAAGCUGCUUAAAGAUACUGAAAUAAACUAACGUUCAUAGUAA